AUGACAACUUUCACAGAGCUGGAGGUUGGCCAGCAAGCCAGCAUAUCAAUCUUUUCCAAACACAAGCUCAGCAAAAUCAACGACAACAUCUAUGGCGGCUUCACGGAGCACAUGGGACGUUGUAUCUACGGUGGCAUUUACGAUCCCGAGAAUCCCAACAAACAUCUCAUCGACGAGAAUGGAUUCCGAAAGGAUGUGAUCGAAGCAAUGCAGGAGCUGAAUGUGCCCGUCGUGAGGUAUCCAGGAGGCAAUUUCGUGGCCACUUAUCAUUGGCUUGAUGGCGUUGGACCCAGAGAAAAGAGGCCGAAACGUCCUGAGCUUGCUUGGCUGGGUGUUGAGAGCAAUCAAUUCGGGACGGAUGAGUUUAUGCAAUGGUGCAAGGUCGUGGGCACGGAGCCGUAUCUUGCUCUCAACUUUGGGACAGGCACACUGGAUGAGGCUCUCGCAUGGUUGGAGUACUGCAACUCAAAGCAGGACACCUACUAUGCAAGCUUGCGAAGACAGCAUGGCCACUCUGAACCAUACAACGUCAAGUAUUGGGCGCUCGGCAACGAGUGCUGGGGUCCUUGGCAAGUCGAGCAAAUGACCAAGGAAGACUACGCAAAGAAGGCAUACCAGUGGGCGAAAGCAUUGAAGAUGCUUGAUCCAUCCAUCGUGUUGAUCUUGUGCGGCGAGACGGGUCAUUCCGGCUGGGACUACCAUGUCCUUAAAGAGUGCUUGAAGCUUGACCAGCAUGCACUUGGUGGAAGCAAUACUGCAAGCCUGAUCGACAUGCAGUCGAUCCACAUCUACACAGCUUCGGAGGAUCCAGUCAAGAAUGCGUUAGCUCCACGAUCGGCCGAACGAGCGAUAGAGAUUUCCGGCUCACUGAUUGACCUGGCACGUAUCGAGAACAAUGUGCCGGCUUCGGUCCCGCGCCAAACGAUCUGCUUCGACGAGUGGAAUGUAUGGGAUCCGGUACGAGCCCCGGGGGAGCUGGGUGGAGAGGAGAACUACACGCACUCGGACGCUCUGGCUGUGGCGAUAUGGCUGAAUGUGUUCAUCCGGCAGAGCAAGUACGUGGGGAUGGCCAAUAUCGCGCAGAGCGUGAAUGUCAUCUCGCCUCUGAUGACGACCCAGGGUGGGCUCCGGAAACAGACGACUUGGUGGCCGUUGUUGCUAUUCUGUAAAUACAUGAGAGGCACCUUCAUUGCGGCUCAUGUCAGCUGCUCCGCUUAUGAGGGUGAAACGGAGCCGAAGUGGAUGAGAGCAGCCUGCGACACACCGUGGCUGGAUGUGUCCGCUGCGCAGAGCGAUGACGGCUGGAUGAGCAUGGUCGUGGUCAAUGUGCAUUUGGAGGAGAGUUUUGAGGUUGAGCUGGAUGGCAUCUCGCAGGUAUCCGGUGAGGCUGUUCAAGUCCACAGCAUUACGCAGGGUACUGUCGGAAUCGAUGAGCGUGACUGGGACGGCCAAGGCAAUUUCUCGUUUCCAAAGUCGAGCAUUACCAUGCUGCGAUGGAAGGUUGCAUAA